AUGUUCACAGUUGUUCUUCGAGUUGGUUGUCGUACAACAGCUGCAAUUAGAUCAAGAAUAAAAUUGAUUCAUGGAAGAAAUACAUCUCAUAACGGUCCAUCAACAACAAAUUCACAAUUAAUAAACAAUCUGGGAAAAAAAGCCAAUCCAUCCAAAUCUUCUAUCGAAAAUGUUCUUCGAAAAGAAGAAUCUGUUUGGCAGUACAUCAAAUCAACAAUGGGUAUUCAAUGUAAAUUUCCACAUAAGUUAAAUAACGUUCUUCUUUAUGGUGAAUUAUCAGAGAAAAAUCAUCUUCCUCGACUUUAUCGAUUGUACCUUCCAUCGGAUAUGGAAGUUGAUACUCGAGAAUUUUUUAUUGAAUUAUCAAGAAUAUUCAACUGUCAAACCGAAGAAAUCGAUGUACAUUCAGCAGCUGCUCUUGCUUAUGAACAAUAUAAUAAAGACAAAUAG